GUUAGCCGUCAUCAUGCCUAAGAUCACCCACAUUCUCUUCGACUGUGACAACACCCUUGUCCUGUCUGAAGAGCUUGCCUUCGAGGCCUGUGCCGACAUUGCCAACGAGAUCCUUGAGAAGAAUAACAUUGAAAAGCGUUACACUGGCGAACAGCUCAUCGGCGAGUUUGUUGGCCAGAACUUCCGCGGCAUGAUGGUCUCGAUCCAGUCCAAGUUUGGCAUCACCCUUACCCCUGAAGAACUCGAGUCCUACGUCAAGGAGGAAGAGGACCGUGUCAUUGCCAAACUCGAGGCCAAGGCUCAGCCAUGCGUUGGUGUCACUGAAGUCCUCGUCAAGAUGUUUUCCGAGAAGAAGUACGGCAUGGCUGUCGUCUCGUCCUCCGCCCUUCGACGCGUCAAGGCUUCAAUUAAGAAGGUCGAUCAGGCCAAGUUCUUCCCUGAAGACCACAUCUUCUCUGCUGCCACUUCUCUUCCCAAGCCUACCACCAAGCCCGACCCAGCCAUCUACCUUCACUCUCUCAAGGUCAUCGGAAAGGGGCCAUCAGAGUGUGUUGCCGUCGAGGACAGCAGGAGUGGUGCCCAGAGUGCUAUUAACGCCGGCAUCCCUGUCAUCGCGUAUGUUGGCAGCUACCCCACCACCGAGAAACAGGAGGAGAUGGCCAAAGCUCUGCUCGCCCUUGGAGCCAAAGUCGUCAUGAGGAAUUGGUCCGAGUGGGAUGAGUGCAUCGAGAAGAUCGAGAAGAUGGACACCCCUUCCUCUCUCUAA